AUAUUUGGUUAGACAUAUUCAAAUCCACGCUCAGUAGUGAUCUCUUUGCAUUUAACUGUGACUUACGGGUUACAUCUCACGUUGAAUUUCAGGUUACUAACAAUCGAAUGAUAUAUUGCCAGGCUAUAAUCUAAUUUACAGUCAGUUUAACCUAAUUCUGAUCAUGCCUUAGCUUAGAAUGUUGGUGUAAAGUAUCAGGUGUCGUGUGUGGUAGUAAUAGAAUCAUAAUAUAAUAAAAUAUUGAUUAUAUAAUUAACCGCCAUUCGUAUACGACCAAGUUUGAAUGCUCCUGUAUUUUUCAUGUGACCUGAAAUGUGUCCACAGUAUACAACUAUGCGAGUAAACUUAAGUGGACUAUAAUUAUAGUCAUAUGUGACUAAGAGAACACCUAAUAUAGUCGAUGGAGUUUGGGUUUUGGAUAUUCAGAUGGUAUAUUUAGUGGGCUGGACGUCGAAAUUAUGUAAUGUUAGUUAUUGAGUGUUGGUCAAAAGCUUAAUAUUAUCCUACAUGAAUCACUUACCUGUCUUAACGUACGAUUUUAAAACAUGAUUACGUAAAAUUACGUGUACAGUAUUUAUGGCUAUUGACUCAGGUAACAGUCGUGUUUUGAAAUGCGAUUCCGAAAGGUGGAUAUCCUAUUUAGAUGAAAAGUUGACGAUUUAUCGACAUCUCAAACAUAGAGCGGCAAAGGGGUGAAAUAUCGCAUUAUUUCCCCAUGAAAGGCAAAUAAAGAGACUUCAUGCUGCGUAUCCCCUUAUUUUUUUUCAGCAGAAUAUUCCUAUUAUUGGUUGUUUGUGAAGUUUCUGUUAAUGUCGGUUGAAAAAAUUGAAAAUCCAGUGCUUUGUUAGGUUCGACUUCGUACCUUUUCUCAAGUGUAUCUCUGUGUAAAGAUGUUUGCGAAAGUGUGUUUCCGUUUGUAUUAGGAUUCGACUACCUUAUGUUCGUUUAUAGUAAGCUGUUUUAUCUCAUUCACAACUCCACAUUUGUAUUACUAAUUUUUUAAGACAUAUAACAUCAUGUUUCUUAUAUAACAACGGUCAGCGUCCAAACAUAUACUCCAGGGCGAGCGGCAGUCUUCUACCGAGCCUCUCCAACGUUGACUAAUGGCAAUAUGGUCUAUUUGAACCCAUCGUUGUUUUGGUGCAGGGCGUUUCCAUGUUAGUCGAUGUCUCUCCUUAUACUUAAAAUUAGUUUGCUAAAAAUAAACGAUUGUCUGAGCACAGUUGCAGCAGACGAUCACCAUUAUCUGUUCGCUGAGUCGGAAUACUAAAAUACCCACCUAAAUGUCUUUCUGUUUAGUUUAAGCUACCUACCUGGGCAUCAGAGUCACCUGCUACGAGUACUAUGUCUGAGCGUUUAGCUUUCUGAAGAAGUUCAGACAGCUUUCUGUAAAAUUCAUCUUUCACUUCAUCCAGACUGCAGUCAGUGGGAGCGUAUGCAGAAACGACGAAAAGGCAACGAUGUAUGCCCCUAUCCUUCCGAGUUCUUAUGGAGCCGUUUAGCCGAACAGCACACAAACGACUGUUGACGGGGAUCCACUCUAACAGUGCUUGUUCCGCCCUCAUGCUUAGUGCUAUGUUCACAUCUGCCAGUUCACGAGAACUGGCCGUCGGGUCACCAGAUACACGGAGGGUGUAUCUCGUUGGCUCUCCGUUUUGCCGAGGUGAGGUCAAGUGAAUGACCACACUGGGAUCCUGUAUGCAUGUUUCGGAGACACAGCAUACAUCAAUGAUACGAGAUUCUAGGUUUUUAGCCAGGGAAGCCUACUGACCGAUUUGACAUAGGGUGCGUACGUUAAAGGCUCCAAUGUGUAGUUUGGAGCGAGGUUUCAGUAGACCUGGGACAGUAUUUUGCGCACUAGAAUCGUUGGCUAUGGUGACACGAGUUGAUAGUUGAAGUAGCGGGAAUAAUAGACUUUGUGGGAGGAAAUUGUUUAAGAAUACAGUGAUCUUGAGUACUUUUUUGUGGUUAAUUUUUGUUUUAGCUUUGUACUUGUUGAGACCUUACCGCUGGAGACCGAAAUUCAUGGGGUCGACCCUUUCUAACCCCAUCACUCUUUGUGGGAAGACAGCAUCGCUGUUAUGCUGGCUGGCUGAAGGAAACACCUUACUGACAGUCAGCAGUACGGCUUUGCCCUCAGACCUUGGGUUUGCUGCUUUUUGUCUUACCGUCAUUCGACCGACCUGUCAGGCAUGGUAGGACAUUGAGGAACGAAUGUUUUAGACAGUAUAGCUCGAUUGCUUCAUUGCGAUAGGCAAGCCCGACUACCACGUCAAGGUAUCAGCAACGGUCGGCGACCAUAACACGUUGAAAACACCGGUUCUUGUCCGUUAAAUUCAGUGGUACUUAAGUAUUUAUUCACUGUAUUAAUCUAUCCAGCCAUCAAUGUUUGUCUUGAGAAAUCACAACGGACGUAUUAAAUGUUAGUUUGGUACAAAAUGAAGUCUCAUGUUAGGUAUAAUUUCUCGUAUAGGCUUCAAUGACACUGCCAAAUGAGCGUUUCCAGUAAGAUUAAACUCAGCUCAUUUUCAAUGGUGUCUAAGCAUUUGCAUGGUAGUAAUUUAAUAACCUUAAAUGAGUAAAUAGUGCCUCUCAGUAACUGUAUAUAUUUGUGUCCGACUAUGAAAAGCAUAUAUUGUAUGAAUGUUGUUACUGAUACUUAACUGCCUAAAACUUGACUGGAUAAGCAAAACGUAAACUAAUGACCCACAGGUUGUUAACUAGGUCCCUAAAUAAAACUUCACUAAUCGAGACUGUUCAGUUUAAGUAUGCUAGGUACUUUGAAACGAUCGUCUCAGUUCCUGUACAUAUUUAGUGACUGCUCGGUCUUUUAGUAUAUUGUAAAUUUAAUACAGCAAUCAGGCUCAGAUUUUCUGUUCCCAGCUCUGUAUUUCAUGUUUUGGCGUGGUCCAUUGAUACUCUUAGGGUACCUAAACUAAAAUAGACAAAACAGCGUUGAAAUCUACUACCUGAUCCUGGAAGAUGGACUACAUUAUUAAUUAGAUUUUUGAUAGCCUUGAGAUUUGUUCGUCUGGGAAAUUCACUACUCUUCAUUUUGUUUUCGUAAUAUAUCGAUUCAGUUUUAUGGAGCCUGGGUAUCUGGCUCAUAACUAUUUAUUUUAUACCCUUACAAAAUCAAUGCUUCCAUUAUGUUAGACUUUAUUACCGUUUUACACCGUAUAAUUUUAAUCAAAUAUAAAGACUAAGAUUUUUGCUACAGUUUGCAUACUGUUUGUCUCCUGAUAGUGCUUUAUGAUUUUAAUUCCUACGUCAGUGAAAAAUCGUAACCGAAUGUUAUUCGAAUUGCAUACUAUUGAAAGUUUUGAUUCCCACACUUCAACAUCAUUGAUCUCAUAAUUUCAAUUAAGUCAGUCAUAAGCAGCAUACGACCUAGUACAUUCUACCACUACGGGAUUUGAAUCGACAACUGCAUCUCUGUGUUGAGGUGGUGUGGCAACUCGAACUGAUGUACGUACGUACGAAGUUCUACGUUGUUACUGACUGACUGACCUAGUACAUUGGUUGAAGUUCUCACACUAUGUUAGUACACCGAGGUAAAACUAUCAGAACACAUGCCAGAAUAAUUGAAGUAGUAAUAUUGACUCAGCUGCACGUCUAAUCAGUUCAGAUGGCAGAUAUCAAGUGGCAGUGUUUAGUUUUAUUAUGCUGGAUUAUGAGAAACACUUAUUAUAUGAACACUAAUUAGAAUUACUGUGUUAACAGGAUAGGGUCCUGAUGAUUUCACGCUCAGUCUUGGGUCCCUAAAUGCCCUGGUACGGUUGAGGGUGGGGUGAGUUAGCACUCCCUCUCGGCAUACUCUCAGAUAGUCACGUGUAUACAGCCACUGACAAGGAAGUCCUGCUCAUUGCUUUCUCGACAAGGGGAUGUUGUUUACGAAAUUGAGAGAACGAAAAGCAAAUGCCCGGCGCUCUAACCGGGUUAGUAGACACGGAGAAUACAAGUAGAGGAAUUGGAAAACCCUGUUUUUAAACCAAUGGUGCACAUGGGCUCCAGUAUCCUGAAAGAACAAAUGGUGUAUGAACCAAUUAUUGGUCACCAAUUACCAUGUGACUGCAUCUCCUCAGGUUGCUCCACUACCUUGUGGAUCAGACCUUUAAGUCAAUGGUUCCGAGUGUGGCCUCCUAAGAAAAUUACCUGGUUCGGUCUGGGCACCUGGACAGUAUCCCAGCCGACGCACAAAUCAAGUGACUUGUGUGGAGUAUAUCUACUUAGUGCCUCCUUGUACCAAUAUUUAUUUGUUUAAAUAAAUAAGUAAACAAAACAAUGACCCACUUAUUUACAUUCAUGUCCCUCAACUAAUCUUUUCUCAUUACUUGAGACUGUUUAAUUUAAAUGUGCUAGUUAUUUCAAGAUGGUUAUCUAUCUUAAUUAAUAUACAUGUUUGAUAAUUGUAAACUGAAAAGGAAAUCUUUGCUUAUCACUGUUUUUUAAAAAAAAAUAAUAGAAUGAUUGCUAAUGGAUCUUUCAUUUCAACAUUUAAUGGAUAAUCAAAAUAUACUGAAUACUGAAUCAUCCAUGACAAACAAGUUAAAUAUCUCACAUAUGUCAUCACUUCCAUCAAUACCUGAAGUAUCAUCAACACCAUCGUCGGGGAAACGUCGCUCUAUAUUGUAUGCUAUUUCUAGAUUGAAACAAAUGAAAAUGGCUCGACAAGAAAUGCAUCUUGAAUCCAAUGUUUCUUCUGAUAAUAUUGAUAUUACACCUCCCUUAGCAAAUACACAAUCAGGUAACACCAGUGAUAACAAUACAGUAGAAUUGGAUCACACUAACAAUUCAACUCAAUUAAUAACAGUCAUUAAUAAUGACUUAUCAAAGCAAUCAAUUGAUAUUGAUUUCAAUUCUGAUAUUUGUCCUUAUACUUCUUUAUCAUCACAAUUACAACACUUAUCAUCACAAUCAAAUCCUUUACAAUCAUAUAAUUCAUUAUCUGAUGAUAAUACUACUAAUAUUACUGAUAGUAGUACUAUUCAUCAGAUAAUGUCACCAAAAGAAUCUUCACUUUUAAAUAUUACAUCAUCUACUACUACUACUACUACUACUACUACUACUACUACUAAUAAUAAUAAUAAUAAUAAUAACAAUAAUAAUAAUAAUAUAAUACAUCAUGACGCUAAUAUUGAUUCUAUUCGAGUUCGGAAUAAUUCAUCAAAAAUAUUUACACAAUGUCUAUCAGAUAGUGAAUCCGAUGAAUAUAUAGACUUAGAUACUGUUGAUGAUAUAACAUGGUCUACAAAGGAUAAUAAUAAAAAUAAGAAGAAUAAUAUAACGAAUAAGAAAAAGAAGAAGGAAUCAAUAAUUAUGAAUAAUCAUCCUUCUGAAUUAACAAUAAUAAUAAAUAAUAAUAAUAAUCCUACCAUAAAACAGAUCCCUCAAUUAUCGAAUAAUGAAAGUAUACGGAAUGAUUAUAUACAAUUAAAUGAAUCUAUUUCUUCGCAUGAAACUAGUCCAUUACAUAGCAAUAUCAUUAAUAAUAAUAAUAAUAAUAAUAAUAAUAAUAAUAAUAAUAAUAAUAGUAAAAUUAUGGAAUCAGAUGAUUAUUGUUGGAUAUGUCAUAAACCUGGUGAAGUUGUUAUAUGUAGUUAUUGUCCAAGAGUGUUUCAUGCAACUUGUUUAUGUGCAACAGAUUUUCCAGAUGUAUGGCUUUGUCCUGAAUGUCAAGAUGUUAUGUUAGCUGAAUGUUCAUUGUAUCAAUUAGAUUCAUGGUGUAAUAUUACCGAAGAUCAAUUGCAACGAAUGUUAUUCUUUCUUUUGGAUCGAUUAUCUAGACAAUCUUGGGCACGAUAUUUUCGUGAACCAGUAAAUUCAACAAUUGUUAAAAACUAUAAAGAAUUAAUAAAGUAUCCAAUUGAUUUACGUACUUUAUAUACUCGUGUUAAAUCAGGUCAAUACUCUUCACCUCAAGCUUUUCUUGGAGAUUUCCGAUGGAUACUUCAUAAUUGUAUCAUAUUUAAUGGUGCCAGUUCUUCUAUUACAUCAUCUGCACGUCUUCUAGAUCGUACAUUUCAUCGUGAGUUUAAUUUGAUGCGUGCUUGUCCAACAUGUUAUCUUAAUCGUAUACCAGCAAUUCAUUUAUUACCAUCGACAACUAGAAAGCUACCUCCAUUAACUGAAGAUGAACCUGAAUCUUAUUUAACUGUAGCUUCAGUACAAUCAUCAUUGUUAUUACCAAAUGAAUCAAAUGCGAUCAUUGAAAAUGAUAGUAUCAGCGUUGUCAAUGGUGUUAACGAUGAAUGCAACAAUAAUACUCCUACUAAUACUACUAGUAAUAAUAACGAAUCCAAAAGUUCGUCAUCAUCAUCGGUAUCUACAUUAGAUCCUUGGUGGUUUUGUAAAUUAUGUGAUGUGAUUCAUCCGAUUGUCUGGGUACGUCUUCAAAAUUAUCCACGUUGGCCAGCCAAAGUAAUUGCACAUGAUGGUAACUUUCUUCUUGUCUCAUUUUUUGGUGAUUAUGAUGUGACUAUUGCACCGAUUGGUUCCGCUAAACUUCAUUCAUCUAGUCAAUCAAAAAGUUUAUCAAAACUAUCUACCAUCACUAUAGAUUCUAUAAAUAAUAAUAAUAAUAAUAUUGACAAGGGAAGUAAAUUUGAUUGUAGUGGUACCAAAUCCAUUACUUCUAUUGAUAAUAAUGAUAUUUCUAAUGAAUCUAGUGUAACUUCUCAAUCUUCCAAGACAAUUUCAUCAUCAUUACCUUCAACAUUAACAACAACAACAACAACAACAACAAUGGAUCCUAUGGUUAAAGAGAAUUUUCAUAAAGCUGUUGCAGAAUUAAAUUAUCAUCUAAAUUUAAUUUAUCAACGUUAUCCUAAAUUUAAACUACCUAUUAGUCAAUUGAGAUUUACUAAACGUCAUGUUAAAAAAUACUAUGGACCACCAACAUUACAAGAACGUAUGAUGGAAGCAGAAAUUCUUCGUAUGGAACAAGAAGUUCAACGUUUAAAUGUAUUAGUUAGAUAUACACGUGCUGAAAGGGAUUAG